AUGUCGGGCCCUGGUGCUGUCCAGCACGUCCAGCUGGACAGCACCAGCUGGACGUGCUGUCCUGGUGCUGUCCAGCACGUCCAGCUGGACAGCACCAGCUGGACGUGCUGUCCUGGUGCUGGACAGCACGUCCAGCACCAGGGCCCGACCAUGUCGGAGGCCCUCCAGAAGUGUCAAACUAAAUUCAAGUCAAAACUUAAAAUGAAGCUCCAGUGUGUGUUUGAGGGGAUUGCUAUAGCAGGAAACAAAGCUCUUCUGAAUGACAUCUACACAGAGCUCUACAUCACAGAGGGAGUGACAGCAGAGGUCAAUGAUGAACAUGAGGUCAGACAGAUUGAAACAGCAUCCAGGAAACCAGACAAACCAGAAAAGACAAUCAGACUAAAAGACAUCUUUAAAGACUUAUCUGGACGAGAUGAACAGAUCAAAAGAGUGCUGACAAUGGGAGUGGCUGGCAUUGGGAAAACAGUCUUAACACAGAAAUAUACCCUCGACUGGGCUGAAGACCAAACCAACCAGGACAUCCAACUCAUAUUUCUAUUCACUUUCAGAGAGCUGAAUGUGCUGAAAGAAAGAAAGUUCAGCUUGGUGGAACUUAUUCAUCACUUCUUUACUGAAACCAAAGAAGCAGGAAUCUGCAGCUUUGAAUACUUCCAGGUUGUGUUCAUCUUUGAUGGUCUGGAUGAAUAUCGAUUUCCUCUGGACUUCAACAACACUGAGAGUGUGACUGAUGUUACAAAGCCCACCUCAGUGGAUGUGAUACUGACAAAUCUUAUCCGGGGGAACCUGCUUCCCUCUGCUCAGCUCUGGAUAACCACACGACCUGCAGCAGCCAAUCAGAUCCCACCUGAAUGUACCGGGAUGGUGACAGAGAUCAGAGGGUUUACUGACCCACAGAAGGAGGAGUACUUUAGAAAGAGAUUCAGAGAUGAGGAGAAGGUCAGCAGGAUCAUCUUUCACAUCAAGACAUCACGAAGCCUCCACAUCAUGUGUCACAUCCCAAUCUUCUGCUGGAUCACUGCUACAGUUCUGGAGGAUGUGCUGAAAACCAGAAAGAUAGGAGGGCUUCCCAAGACCCUGACUGAGAUGUACAUCCACUUUCUGGUGGUUCAGGCCAAACGAAAGAACAUAAAGUAUGAUGGAGGAGUUGAGACAGAUGCACACUGGAGUCCAGAGAGCAGGAAGAUGAUUGAGUCUCUGGGAAAACUGGCUUUUGAACAGCUGGAGAAAGACCACCUGAUCUUCUAUGAGUCAGACCUGAUAGAGUGUGACAUCGAUAUCAGAGCAGCCUCAGUCUACUCAGGAGUGUUCACACAGAUCUUUAAAGAAAAGAGUGGGCUGAACCAGGACAAGGUGUUCUGCUUUGUCCAUUUAAGCGUUCAGGAGUUUCUGGCUGCUUAUCAUGUGCAUCGCACCUUCAUCAAUUCUGGACUUAAUCUUCUUGAAGAACAGCAAACAACUUACCAGCAGUCUAAACCAACAGAGUCCAGAGAUGAAACCUUUUACCAGAGAGCUGUGGACAAAGCCUUACAGAGUCCAAAUGGACGCCUGGACUUGUUCCUCCGCUUCCUCCUGGGUCUUUCACUGGAGACCAAUCAAAAUACCCUACGAGGCCUGCUGACCAAGACAGGAAGUAGCCCACAGAGCAAUAAGGAAACACUCCAGUAUAUCAAGGAGAAGCUCAGUAAGAAUCUGUCUGCAGAGAAAAGCAUCAAUCUGUUCCACUGUCUGAAUGAACUGAAUGAUCGUUCUCUAGUGGAGGAGAUCCAACUGUCCCUGAGAUCAGAGCGUCUGUCCACAGACAAACUGUCUCCUGCUCAGUGGUCAGCUCUGGCCUUCAUCUUACUGUCAUCAGAAGAAGAUCUGGAGGUGUUUGACCUGAAGAAAUAUUCUGCUUCAGAGGAGGCUCUUAUGAGGCUGCUGCCAGUGGUCAAAGCCUCCAACAAAGCUCUACUGAGUGGCUGUAACCUCUCAGAGAAAAGCUGUGAAGAUUUGUGCCCAAUUCUCAGCUACCAGUCCUCUAGUCUGAGAGAGCUGGAUCUGAGUAACAAUGAUCUGGGGAAUUCAGGAGUGAAACUUCUGUCUGCUCAAUUGGCAAGUCCACACUGUAAACUGGAAAUUCUCAGUCUGUCAGGCUGUCUGAUCGAAGAGGAAGGCUGUACUCCUCUGGUAACAGCUCUCACCUUCAACCCCUCCCAUCUUAGAGAGCUGGACCUGAGCUACAAUCAUCCAGGAAAGUCAGAAAUAAAGCUGUUAAUGGCUGGACGGAAAUAUCCAACCUGGAGACUGAACACUCUCAGGGUGGAGCCUGCUGGAGUCCAGUGGUUGAGACCAGGUCUGAAGAAGUAUUCCUGUCAACUCAAAAUCGACACAAACACAGUGAACACAAACCUCAAACUGUCCAACAAAAACAGAAAGGUGACAUGUGUGGAGGAGGUUCAGUCAUAUCCUGAUCAUCCAGACAGGUUUGAUCGAUAUCCUCAACUGCUGUGUAGUAAUGGUCUGACUGGUCGCUGUUACUGGGAGGUUGAGUGGAGUGGAGACUUUCAUAUGUCACUGAGUUACAGAAGCAUUAGCAGAAAAGGAGGGAGUAAGGACUGUGAGUUUGGAUGCAAUGAUUGGUCCUGGAGCCUAAACUGCUCUGAUGGUGGUCCUUUUUCUGUCUGGCACAAUAACCGAGAAACAUCCAUCUUCUCCUCCUCCUCCUCCUCCUCCUCUGUCUCUAACAGAGUAGCAGUGUAUGUGGACUGUCCUGCAGGCACUCUGUCCUUCUACAGAGUCUCCUCUGACACUCUGUACCACCUCCACACCUUCAACACCACAUUCACUGAAACUCUUUAUCCUGGGUUUACAGUCUGUCGAGGUUCCUCAGUGUCCCUGUGCUGA